AAGAAUACUAUUGGUCAAAUAGCUUUGUGUUUACAUUACACUAUGCAUUUUGUGAAGCAUAUAGCCUUGAGAAUUUUAUUUAAUACAGAAUUGAUCUUUGUACUUCCAUAAAAGUCUUCAAAAAUAGAUGCUAAGUUAAGCAAUAAGCAAAAAAUCAGUAGUUUUAAGAGAAUGGCAGCGAUCGCAAGAAUCUCACAAGCAAAUGUCGUGCAAGCCACGCGGAAACACACUGCAACCAUAUUUUUCUUCCAUGGUUCGGGUGGAACAGCAGAGGAUUUAAAAGAAUGGGUUAACAUUCUUAACAGAGGAAAAUUGCAAUUUCCACAUAUAAAGUUAAUUUAUCCUAGCGCGCCUAGUCAGCCUUACACACCAAUUAAUGGAAUGGAACAAAAUGUGUGGUUCGAUCGCCUAGCGAUUACUAAUCAGGUACCAGAACAUCUAAAUUCGAUUGAUUCCAUGUGCGGGAAUGUAUCAGAUUUGAUCGACCGAGAAGUAGCUGACGGAAUUCCACCUGGCAGAAUAAUUUUAGGUGGAUUUUCGAUGGGCGGCUGUCUAGCGUUGCAUUUAGCAUACAGGCAUCGAACAGACGUAGCUGGCUGUUUUGCCAUGUCUUCCUUCCUGAACAAGAAAUCUAUAAUAUAUGAGUAUUUAAAAAUGAAUCCAGAGCAUAGUAAGGUGCCACUUGUUCAAUACCAUGGCACAGUAGAUAGUUUGGUUCCUAUUGAAUGGGGAGAGGAGAGUGCUAAGAAUCUGCAGGAUCUUGGAGUGAACGUGAAGUUUGUUCCACUGAAAAAUGUUGAACAUGAGUUGAGCCGCGAGGAGAUUGAAAGUUGGAAAAAUUGGCUCCUCGAUAUCUUGCCGGACAAUUGAUAAAUUGUUAAAUACUGAUUUUAAAAUCGUUGUUGGUGUACUACAAUCUGAAUUGUAGUGCAAUUGUUGUUUUAUUUGUUUUUAGAAAUUUAUAUCUAUGAUAAAUAAUAUAUAUGUAAUGAUAACAAUAAAUCGAAUUUUGUUAUAAUGCAA